AUGGCGAAUUCGGCGUCUGGAAUAGCAGUGGAUGACGAGUGCAAGCUGAAAUUCUUGGAGCUGAAGGCAAAGAGGAACUUCCGAUACAUUGUUUUCAAGAUCGACGACAAAGGCAACCAAGUGAUGGUGGAGAAGGCCGGCGGCAGUGGCGAGACCUAUCAGGAUUUUGCCGACAGCUUGCCGGGAGACGAGUGUCGUUACGCGGUCUUUGAUUACGAUUUCACCACCAACGAGAACUGCCACAAGAGCAAGAUCUACUUCAUUGCAUGGUCACCAGAUACUGCAAGGGUGAGAACCAAGAUGCUGUAUGCAAGUUCAAAAGACAGAUUCAAGAGGGAAUUAGAUGGGAUUCAAGUGGAAUUACAAGCCACUGAUCCUAGUGAGAUGAGCUUGGAAAUCAUCAAGGAAAGAGCUUACUGA